AUGACGAUACGUGCUCUGAGAAUUGAGAAGACUAGCUUGAAUUCCGUUUUCGUUCAAGGAGAAAGCAGCGGCCUAAUAAGCUCUCCUCUUCUUGCCCCCAAAGGGCAGCUAAUGAAGAAGCACAGCACUGCCGUUCUCCCCGUUCUCCUCCUCUCCAUCGUCGUCCUCCUUGCUAGCUCAUGUGAGGCGCGAGGUCUUCCGGUCCAUGGCAAGGCCCGCAGCUCCAGCAAGUCGCAUCGUCUACCAGGCAAGGAUGUGGCAGCAACAAGCUCGAAAGCUGACGGUUGGCUGUCAAAGCAGAUGGAGGCUAGACGCAUGAUGGCUCAGCAGCAGGCGGAUGCGAAGGUGAAGGAGGGGAUCAAAAUGGCAGCAGCAUCUGCUGGUGCAGUUCGAGCUACGCCUACGCCUGCCGUUACAGUUUCACAGAGGCUUUCUCGACGGGAGGACACGGGGUUUCAUCUGGAUUAUGCCGGGCCUAGAACACAUACACCUUCUCACAACUAA